AUGCUUCAACUCUUAUCACCAAAUGAGAUUUGUUCGGAAAUCUUAUCUCUUAAGGUGAAACUAAAGAGUACUUACCAAGGAAUCCCUGAAGAGAAUCUAAUUCUCAUCAAAGAGGUUCAAUUUCCUAGUUAUUCGACUUUGGAGAUGCGUCGAAUCAACAAGGAAUUAACAGAUAAAAAUGCGGACUUUACGGAAGUACUGAAGAAGCAUAACUACUCAUUUACCUUUAUGUUAGAGGAAAUUCAAAAAUUUAUAUAUUUACCCAACGCUCCACAAGAUUUUACACCAUUCUUAGCGUUAUACAUAUUCCAUUCAUACUUAUCAUUUCAAAUAAUCUUUAAGUCAUAUUCAGAUGCUAGUAUUCUCACUGAAUUUUUAGGAUUCUUUAAUGUAAUUGCCCAAGAAAACAGAUUUUCCGUAAAUCCUCUAUACAGAAAAAUAGCCUUAUCAUGCUCAUAUCACAGCUAUCUCACAUUCCUCAAAAAUCCUUCGCCUGCCGCAAUUUUAUUAUUUUUACCUCACUUAAAUGAUUUUUUCUUCUACAAUAACGACUUGCCAAAGAACAUAUUUGACCUUCUCGGACUCUGUGCCACUGCUAUUUUCACUGCUUCUCAAGAAUUCGAAGUAGAAAAUGUUCAAAUUCAAUUUGUAACAGUAGCGGAUGGAUUAAUACAACAAAUAAAGACAUACUUUCCACCCGAAAUAGCGAAAAUUAUAAUACAACGAAGUUUUACAGCGAUUAGAAAACUUGAUAUUUCCGCUUUAAGUUUUCUUUAUCAUGCAUCUCCAAUUAUCAGUUUACAAUCAGUUUUCGAAUGCUUAUAUCUUCUUUCUCCAGCUUUAAUGUCAAAUUUAGAUAAACUCAAUGAAAUCGGGGAAAUUUCAGUUGGCGACAUUUCUCAUGCUAAGCUUAACUCCAAAGAUGUCCCAGAAAUAUCUUUUCAGCCAAUAAAAUUCUCUUGCCUUUCAAAUUCAGAUAUAAAUCUCGAUAUCAAAUUUCCGCCAAAGAAAAACAUCGAAAGCUUAAUACCGAAAUCAUUAGAAUCACAAAUACAAUUCAUUACGAAACUUAUUAUUAGCAAAAUCGAAAUUUCACAACAAUUUUUAGAUAUUUGUCCGCCAUUUGUUUUUAACUGUUUAGAUAAGCCCAAUUUUUUAGAUUCAUUUCCAUCAUUCCUUUACAUUAUAUUCCAAAUCUUCAAAAAGUUUUCUCUUCCGAUAUCAAAAGAAAUUUUAUUUAAUUCUAAAAUAUUUGACCCGAAUAUUGUCGUAUUUGACAACAAAGAUUACUUUAGUAUCUUCAAUAUCCUCAGGGAUGUCUCAAUGAACAUGAUUGUAAAUGACAGAGGAAUUAAGAGCACUGAGUAUAUGAUUAGAUCAGUUCUUUUAGAAGCUUAUACAUCACCAUUACUAUAUGCUGAGUUAGUUCUUAGACUUUCCCAACAAGAAAUUUUAAUUGAUAAUUUAUUCAUACAAAACAUAGCUCCAGGGCUUAUGAAACCCAUGAUGUUCUAUCAGUCGUUUACAGAGAAUACAGACAAAACAGUUUUAUCAGAAAUCAGAAUAGCCAGACAGAGUAUAUUAAAUUAUUUAUUCAUACAAUUGACAAAUACAAGUUCUUUAUCAUUAUUUUUAUCCAAUGAUUAUUUUGCGAAAACAUUUUACUGCUUAAUCUUCGAAGAACCCCUUAGAGAACAUGUUUUCGCUUUCAUGACGGUUUUUCUCAGCGACCAGAACAAUUCAAAGAAUCCAAUCAUCGACCAAUUUAUUUCUAAUAUCAUUCUAACACUCAAUUGCGAAUUUAUUCACUCAGGAAACCCAGAAAUUUUGCAAAUACCAACUGGCAUUUUAAAUUGUAUGAAUUCCUGCUUAAGAUCGAUACCAGAUUUGAUGACCAAGUUCGAACCAAUCGUAGAUCCAAUCUUAAAUACCUUAAUUUCUCUCAAACAAUCAAAUCAUGAAGAAUUAUUAGUCCAAUUCAUAUUAUUUUUAGUCAUAAUAUCUCCCAUUCAUCAACUUAGACCACAUGAAGCAGCUGCAUUGCUCAAAUCUUCUUCCCAACUCGGUUGCAAAGAUCCAAGUCCAAAUCUCUCGAGAGCCAUCGUCCAAUUGAUAGCGGGAAAGGAAAUUUCGGUUAAAUACGGCUCAUUCACCGUUCAACAACCUCAUGCUUUGACAUUAUUCCUCAAUAUUUAUUUAAAUUCUCAAGAAAUUUUUGAUUGCAUCUCAAAAUUAGCAAGUAUUAUCUCAAGUUCUCAGUAUAACAGUAUCAAAGCUCACGAAGGAGAACUAGAUUUGUUUUGUAUCAACUAUUUAUUCGAAAAGAAGUCAAAUGAUGACGUAGAUCUUAAUCUAGUUGAUGCGCUUUUAGACUUGAUCGAUAGAAUCACGGAGAGAAGUUGCUCUGUUGGCGUUGUACAGUCUUUCAUCAGUUUAUUCUGUCCUGUCGACGGUAGAUACCUCUCUAAGUUCCAUAUGAACUGUAUAGAUUUUAUCGAAAAGAAGAUUGACGCAGCUUAUAAGACUCCACAGUCUUCCUGGACUUUAUUAUCAAAUUCGCAGAUUGAAAUUAAGUUUAUUAAUGCUAAUUUGGUACAAUACGGUUUUAACUUUUCAUUCUGGUUCCUUCCUGUUAAAACCGAUAGUCCAAUCAACUUGUUUUUGCUAACAGACAAUUAUGAUUCGAAAAUUACAUUUGUUUAUACAGGAGAAAGCUUGAAACUUGAACUAAACGCACCAGAUCUUAAGUGGCAAACAUCAGUAGUCGAAUACAUCGAGUUUAACAAGUGGACUUUCGUAAAUUUCUCAUUUAAAAUUUUUGAGAACUUUACAGAAAGUGUUUUGACAUUCAAUGACAAAAUUGUUUAUGAUUCACGUGAUAUUCCUGCAUUCCACUUCACGAAAUCGUAUUUGACAUGCAUAAUUAACCAAAACAGACAAAAUUCUUCAUCAAAUGUCACUUUUUGUAAAAUUGGACCAUUUAUUUUAUACAAUGGCGAUUACAUUGAACAGAUCUAUCUGAAUGGACCAAGGUUAUUCAGCUCACCGAACAAUUUCAAUGUUAUUUUCGCUUAUAAACCAGAAGAUCAAAAUGGCAGUUUCGAAUUAGUCAAAGUUACUCAACAAGAAGGAAUGGAAUUGACAUAUAACAAGAGCGGAAUGAAACAAACAACUAAUUUCAUAAAUGUUUUGUUCGAUUCUUGUAAAUUGACAAUUUUAUUGCCACUUUUUGCCCAAAUUGACAUGGCAGAGAAAAACGGACAAAAACCGCCAAAUUUCAUAGACAAAUUAAUCAUUUUGACGAAGAAAGCAUUGAAUGUUUCCAAUGGAAAUGUGCAAACAUUCCUUCAAAGCAACGCUUCGAAUAUAAUUUGUCAUUUAUUGACUGCUUCGGAAGACUUAAAUAUAACAUACAAAUUAUAUUUGAGGUUUUACGAUUUGCUUGUUAAUUUACAGCCAUCUGAACUUAAACUUGAAAUCUUUUUGAACAUCGUCUUCAAUCCUUUCAUAUGGAUUCGAUCGACACCAUCAGAGAAUCGCCAAAUAUUGAUACAUUGGAAAGACGUAAUUUUCAAAAAACUUCCAAGUUUUGUUUUGAAUCACAGACAGUUCACAUGGUGGAUUGAUGUUUCCUGCUCAUUCUAUUUCUAUUUGACGAAUGAAUUGAGUGUAAACAUCAAGAGAUUCCGAGGAAUGAAGCCAAAGAUGCAUUAUUUGAGAAUUCCUUUGUUGGAUUCUGCGAAAAUUGUUUCUAAUUUUCAGUUCACUGAAGAAGAUUUGAAAUAUUUAAUAACCGUUUUGACAAAAACAAAUGAUUUGAAUCAAAUUUACGAUUUGAUUGAUUUAUUGACAUAUUUCAUCAAAUCAUCAAUUUUAUUGAGUUUUUCACACGAAUUCAUACUGAAACAGAUGAUGAGACUUCAUGUUCUUUUUAAUGUCCCUCACCCACAUUUGUUCACAAGAACAAUGAAGUGUUUGAUGACCUGCCACGAAAGAAAACUUGUUGACAUCUCAAAAACAGAUCAUAUCCUUAAAAUUUUGUCAAAUUUGCCACAAACAUUUUUGUCAAAACAAGUUUACAUGUCAUCUCUCAAACUCCUUAAAGAUAUCCCUGAGUUGUUGCCUUUCUGCGCAAGGUUUGCUUUCAAUCUUGGUAAAUUGGCAAUUGGAAAAUUGACUCAUUAUUUGAAAAGUGACAAUUUCAAAUCGAAAAAUGUCAAUUUUUAUCUUUUAAUUCCAUUAUUAUACAAAGCUAGCAAAUCCAAACAAUUGAAGAUCAUUGAGUUCCUUGUGCAAACAUUUUAUGAUGACAUGACAUUGAUUUACGGAUCAAUUGAUUUAGUUGGUCGUAAUUUAAACAAAAAUCCAGAUGAUGUCAAAUCAAUUUAUUUGAAUAAAUGCGCAGAUUUCGCAUUAGACAAUAAAUUGAACACAGACACUUUGAUUAAACUGUCAUUGCAGUUUAUGUUUGUUCAUUUCACAGAAGAAAAUACUCCUUUGUAUAAUUUAUAUCUUGAAUCACCAUUUUAUGAAGAAACAACAAAAAUUUCACGACAAACUUCACAAGAAAAUCAAAAAAUUGCUAAAAUUUAUUCAACAGAAUCAAUUGAUCCUAAAAGUGACAUAAAAAGUGACACAAAAUUUUCAAGACUUCAAAUUAAUUUCAAUGAAUGUCCUGUCAAAGAAUAUCCUAAUUAUGACAUGAAAUCGAAGUCCAUUUUGCGUUUUAAGAAUGGCAAAUGGGCGGAUAUUGAAUUAUCCAAGAAAAUUGUUUCAAUUUUGUUUUGUAAUAACUCAGCAGAAGUUGAAACGGCAUCUCUUUUAUGUGCAUUCUUGAUUAGAUCAUCAGCAACUAAUGUUCCAAGUGUUCCCGAUGUUUUACAGAACCCACAGCUCCAAGGAUUGAUCACAUAUGAACAACACAUGAUGGGAAUUCCAAGUAUCACCGAAAUGCCGCCUGUUGAAUACACAAAAAAUUCAUUUGACGCUUUAGAAAAAUUUUUCUCUCAAUUCAAAACGGUUUUGUCAUGUCAAGUUUUGGAAAAUUGUUUGAAUGAUUCUAACCAAAAUUGGACACGAGCAAUGUCAAUAUUUAAUGGAUUUCCUGCUACAUUCCAACAUCGAAAUCACAUGGAAAAUUCAGUAGAACAACAAAACCAAAUUAAUUCUAAAUAUUGGCAGAGUUUGUGGCGUCAAAUGACGACAACAAGAGCUCCUUGGAAUUCAUCACUUCAUAAAGAUAUGAGAGUAUUACAUUAUAAACGAGAUAAUUCAUGGUGUGAAUAUUUCUGUCCAUUUAAAGUCAGAAGGAAUUAUAAUUUCGAUGACCACAUGGGAGCAUCAUUCAUCAGAGACACAGGAAAUGAUGACGAUGCGAAUGAACGUCUUGAGAAAUACAGACAACAAUCUGCAGAUUUGAUGAAACAAAUUGCUCCUGCACGAAUUUUAGAAGUUGAAGAUGUUCACGAGAAAAGUAACAAUGGAAAUGUUUCUAAUUUGAUUUCUAAAACGAUUGAAAUCCAAAAAUGUGCAUUAGUCAAAGUGAACAACAUCCAAGAAAUCACAUUCAAGAUCUCAGGAGAAAUUUUGACAAUUACUAAAAGUGAUAGUCGCAUCAAAACAAUUCUUAUGAAAGAUGUCAAAUUAGUUAUGCGACGCACAUAUUGUCAUCAUCCAACUGCUUUAGAAAUCUUCACAUUUUAUCAUUCUAGUUAUUUCAUUGAUUUCAAAAGCUCCCAAAACAUUGACAAAAUUGUUCCUUUGUUUAGAAACAUUGCACCACAAAAUCCUAUCCAGUUUCUUAUUGAAUCUAACAAGACAAAUCUUUGGUUGAACAGGAAGAUCUCGAACUUCGAAUAUCUCAUGUUUUUGAACAUGAUUUCCGGUCGAUCUUUCAAUUCUACAUCGCAAUAUCCAUUUUUACCAUGGAUCAUUUCUGAUUACGAAUCAGAUAAACUUGAUUUGAGUAAUCCUAAAACAUUCCGUCGUCUUGACAAACCAAUUGGAUUAAUUGAUGAAAAGCAUGCAACAGAACUUAAAAGUAAGACGAAUGAACUCAUCAAAAUGGGCUUAGAACCAUAUCUUUUCUCAAGUGGUCCUAGUUGUCCAUUGGCCAUUUAUCUUUAUCUUAUGCGUAUGGAACCAUUUGCAACAUUGCACAUCGAAAUACAAGGCGGAAGAUUUGAUCACACAGCAAGAAUUUUCUAUUCCAUUUCAGAAUGUUACAACAAUGUUACAACACAUAAAAACAACUUCCGCGAAUUGUGUCCUGAAUUCUUUUUCUGUCCAGAAUUUUUGAUGAACUUGAAUGGCUUCGAUCUUGGCAAGUUCAAUGAACAAAAAGUUGAUGACGUCACAUUACCAAAAUGGUGUAAAAGUGCCGCAGAAUUUGUUUAUAUGAACAGAAGAGCUCUUGAGAGUGAAUUUGUUUCCAUGUCAAUCAACAACUGGAUUGAUUUGAUUUGGGGUGUUAAACAGCGUCAUCCAGACAAUCUUUACAAGCAAGAGAUGUAUUCGGAUGUUUGGGAUAAACAUCCGAACAUUUCACAAGAAGAAAAAGAUUCAAUUGAAGCUGUUUUAACAAAUGUUGGUCAAAUUCCUCCACAGUUAUUUACAGAACCACAUCCACGUCGUCAACCAAAAUUCGAAACUCCAGUCAUUCAGUUACCACCAAUUACACUUGAAGUUGGCAUGAAAGAUCUUGUUUUCAGCUGCACAAUUGGUGGUCCAGAGAAAGCUGUUGCUGUUUUGAUCGGUCGAGAUGGAAAUUGUCACAAAUGUCGUGUCAAUUUCCGAAAACUAUUUAAUUUCAACUUGUCAACACAGACACAACGAAGAAACAGAUCAUUGACAACUGGACCAUCACAAUCAUUAUCAGAUCUCCAAAACAUGAACAGUAGUUUUUCACCAGAAAAGAAUAUUCCAAACAACACUACAAAUAAUUUCAAUAACAAUAAUAAUAACAAACCAUCAGGAUACAAAUUACAAAGUGAAACAAUUGUUGAUUUGACCACUAAAAUUUGUAAUUUGUCUAAUAUUGUUAUGACAAAUAACAACAAUAAUUUUGUUUUUGUCGGUGAAGACGGAUGUUCCAUUUUCAACAUUAAAACGGACAUUCCACAAUGUCAACAAGUUAUAUUACACAACUGCGGUGUUGUUGGCCUUGCAUGUGACCAACAAUGGAUUGCAUUAGCAGGAAAAGAUGCACGUGUUUCAUUAUUCCGUAAUUACGAGAAACAGCGCUCUGUUCCUACAUUUUGUGAUUCCAUUAAAUGUUUAGCUGUUUCAUCAGCAUUCGACGAACUUGUUUGUGGCACAAGAGAUUGUUCAUUGUUAUUGUGUUCUCUUUCUCGUGGCGAAGUCACACAAGUUGUUGAUCUUAAUGGUCGAACACCAACGAUGGUUACAAUCACUAAAGGUUCUGGAUUUAUCCUUGUUUCGUGUGAUGAGUUGUAUGAUGGACGUCUUCAUCAUUAUCUUCAUUUGUACAACAUCAAUGGACUUAAACUUGGGGAAGUCAAGAUCGAUAACUGUGUUCGUGCCUGGGACACGUGGCGAACUCCAGAAGGUUUCGACAUUGUCAUGCUUUCAGAUGAUCGCGGGAAAGUUUUUGUUUUCGAAGUUUUCUUCUUGAAUUUAGGUUCUGUGAUUUACCGAUGCAAAUCUAAAGUCAAGUACAUCCGAGCAUUUCCAGAACAGAAUGUUGCUAUGGCUAUCACGGAAACUGCACAAAUCAGUAUUUUCCCAUUUUCUUUUAAAUUGUAA